CCUACAUUUUGAAAUUAUAUUAAAGAUGCGUUCACAUUAAAGAGGGUAGAAGCAAAAUUCAAGAUGGCGGCGCGUCCCGCCGCCGUGGUCGUGGAGCGAGCCUACAAGUAUUAUGGCAAAAAGGACAAGCCAGAUUACAAGCCUGUACUCAAUUACCUUGAUAUGACAGUAGAAAAAGGGAUCAUUUAUGGUCUUCUGGGUGCCUCUGGUUGUGGAAAGACGACGCUUCUCUCCUGCAUAGUGGGUAGACGGUCGUUAGACGGGGGAGAUGUGUGGGUAUUAGGGGGGAAACCUGGGGAGAAGGGGAGUGGGGUACCUGGACCUAGAGUUGGAUAUAUGCCACAGGAUAUAGCAUUGGUCGCGGAGUUUUCUGUACGGGACGCGGUCUUCUACUUUGGCCGCAUCUACGGUAUGCCGAUGAAGAAGUUAGUGGAACGCUUCGAUUUCCUAACCAAUCUACUUGACCUGCCCAGCGGUGGACGACUUAUAAAGUCAUUGUCUGGUGGUCAACAAAGAAGAGUUUCACUAGCAGCUGCAUUAGUACAUGAACCAGAACUACUUAUAUUGGACGAACCGACUGUCGGUCUGGAUCCUGUUCUACGAGAAAGGAUAUGGGACUUCCUUGCCGAGCUUGCGAGAGGGGGCACCACGGUCAUAAUCACAACACACUACAUCGACGAAACGAAACAAGCUCACAAGAUCGGUCUGCUCCGUGACGGUCAACUUCUAGCGGAAGACUCACCGAGUGAGAUCUUACGUAAAUACGACUGUGAUACGCUUGAAGACGCCUUCUUGAAGAUGGCGUUGCGACAGCACGAAGUCACCAACAGAAGGCGAUCAACUCUGACGUCAUCACCUGACGUGAUACCGGAGAGCAGUAUUGUCAGUAACCCCGACAGUCGCUACCAAUCGCGAGACGACUUUAAUAUCGUCACCAGCAGUACUGAUAUGCUCAAUACCAAAGAAAAACCAUCAAACUGUUCAAGUAAAUCCAAAGCGAGAUACAGAGCAGUAUUUAUUAAAAGCAUUCAACAGUUCUCGAGGCAUCCUGGGGGUUUAAUAUUCUCUGUGCUGUUCCCCAUCAUACAAGCGGUGGCAUUCUUUAUGGCGGUAGGCAGCGACCCACGAGAUUUGCACGUCGCUGUUGUUAACGAGGAAGCGGCUUCAUCGCCAUAUGGAUUAGAUAUUUGCAAGAACAGUAGCCUGGUGACAGUAAUUCGACGCGACGACGAUACUUGCGACCAGUAUAUGCUGAGCUGCUGGUUCUUAGAGGAGAUGGAGAAACGAAGACUCUUUCAGGUUCCGUACAACAGUACGUUGGAGGGUCAGCGCGCUCUCGCACGCCGUACCACGUACGCGGUGCUGCACUUCGCACACAACUUCAGCAGCGCGCUGGGCGCUCGCGUGCGGGAAGGAGACGUGCCGGACGACAUUCUGCGGGACAGCAUUGUUAGCGUCUGGCUCGAUACCGCUGAUUAUCAGAUCUCCAACUUCAUCAAGAUGCAGCUGCACAAAGCGUACGAACAGUUCACGAGGCGCGCGAUGGCCGCCUGCGGACUUAACGAGGAACUUGUACAGAUUCCCGUACGUUUUAAAGAGCCAGUGUACGGAUCAAUGGAGGCGCAAAUGGUUGGUUUUAUGGCACCGGGCGUUAUGAUUACUAUAAUCUUCUUCCUGCCGGCGAUCGUGACGUCGACGCUGAUGAUCUCCGAC